AUGAGAUGUCCAGCAGGUUUGUACGACUUUACGAAGAGAGGCGGUAAAAAGAGUAAGAAAGGUGGUGAAAAUGUGUAUGAAACAUUAUUAGCUUACAAGAUUGGUGUCAUCGAUAAAGAAUUAGAAGAAUGGCGUUACAAAAUAAAUCAAAUUGAAGAGGAUAAUGAACAACUGAAUGGACGAGAUGCUGUAUUAAGAGAAGAGUGUGCAAUGAUUCAUGCUACGUUGCAUGAGAAAAUCGAAGCAGCAAAUCGUGAAGACGCUGAAAUUAAAGGUAUUUUUUACUUUUUACUUCAUCUUUCAUAAUACAAACUUCAUAAUAAAAUGCCUGUCAAAUCAAAUGUUUCAUGUUGAAGUUGAAAUAUUCAAUUCAAAUAAUCAAUUAUUAUUGAGUAUGUAGCUAAAAGUCUGGGCUAUGAAAUGAGACUACUCCCAGCUCUGUACGACCUUCCUUGGAAAAAUGAUGAGGUUUUUAAGUUUUUUCUUCAGAGCAUGACGACCCUUGGAAAAAAUGGUCCGGUCGAGCUCAAACUUUUACUACAGAUACUUUAGACCCUAACUCGGGUUCUUUUCUUUGAAAGUAUUUUCGAUUCAGCCUUCGGCGUGAGGUUUUUAAAAUAGAAAACCGCUUUUUUAUACAGGAUUUUUACUGUUUUACGAAUACCUCGAAAAGGAAAGUAUAUUUUUCGAAAAGAAAAAUAAACAAACCUGAGAUAGGGCCUGGAGUAUUAUGAUAAAAUGUUCACCUCGAGCGGACCAUUUUUUCGAGGAGUCGUAAUGUGACUGGGUGAAAACUACAGUUUUCCAGAAUUUCAUGUCUAGAAUCUACUAUGAUAAACUUAAAAUUUCGACGCACUAAAUUAUAUUCCAUCGUGAUACACACCAUUUCCAUAUGCACCACUUAUAACACAAGUUCAAAGUUGAAAA